CCUCAUUCGUGUUCUCUAGCUGCCCGGCUAUACGCCCACAUUGACGGCUAUUUUAUAUGGAUCGAUCCACGUAGCAACAACAACAAAUGCACCAUCAUGAACAACGAACCAUUCCUAAUGCAACUCUCUUCAAAAAGAUCCAACCAAAGAAGAUCCUACCAUACGUUAAGAUUCCUUCGACGGCCGCCAAAGCAUACAUCCAACCGCCAAAACCAAACCCAAAAAAAAAAACUAUGCCAAAGUCGGCCAUCUUUGGCAACACCUCACCUCCGCCAUUGGCGUACGCCUCUCCACCACCAAAGAAAAAAAAUAUUAUUAUUAAUCGCCCAUAUGGCACGAUCGAGCAAGAGAACGUUACUUAACAGCUCAUCGAAAGCAAAGACUUCGAGCCGAACAAAACGCUCCUUUUCUCUUCUCUUCUCUUCUGUGUUUUACCUAUAAGACUUGGCCUCGAUCUCCCCCCUUCUCACACCAUUGGCCUCUCGUUUUACUGGUGAAGCUAGCCAUUCAUCGUUCCAAUUUUAUCGUAUAGACGCCUUUUGCAAAUGGCGGGGAGGGUGUUGGCCGAGGAGGAGGAUGGGGGGGCAAUGCCGUCGUCGGGGAGUAGUAGUGGGAGGGAGGAGGAGAGUAGCGACGCGGUGUUUGAGAGUAUGCGUCGGAGCAGCCUUGGGUCUUCGGAGGCGGUGGCGGCGGCGGAGGAGGAGCUGCGGUGGGCGGCGAUCGAGCGGCUGCCGACGCGGAGGAGGGUGAGGAAAGGGAUCGUGCUGAAGAGGUACGGGGAGGGCGGAGGGGUGGUGGUGCCGGUGGAGGUGGACGUGAGGAAGAUGGAGGUGAAGGACAAGGUGAUGUUGUUGGAGAGCUUGCUCAAGGUUCCGGAGACCGACAACGAGGAUCUCUUGCGUACCAUUCGGAAGAGGAUCGAUAGGGUGGGAAUUGCAAUUCCGCAAAUUGAAGUCCGGUUCGAGAGUUUGUCAAUUGAAGGCGAGGCGUAUGUUGGGAACAGGGCUCUCCCAACCCUUCUCAACUCGACCCUCAACGCAGUUGAGGGAGUUCUUAAAAUCAUCGGGCUUUCAUCAUCGAAGAAAACAACCGUUAAGAUACUCCAAGAUGUCAGCGGGAUAGUGAAGCCAUCAAGAUUGACAUUGCUUCUUGGACCUCCCGGAUCCGGCAAAACCACGCUCUUGAAAGCACUCGCCGGAAAACUCGACAAAAACCUAAAGGUUUCAGGAGAAAUCACAUAUUGUGGGCAUGAUUUCUCUGAAUUCAUCCCUAAACGAACCUCCGCUUACAUUAGCCAGCACGACCUUCACUACGGCGAGAUGACAGUGCGAGAAACAUUGGAGUUCUCUCGGCGAUGCUUAGGGGUUGGAAGCAGGCAAAUGAUGCUGGAAGAGUUGUUGAGACGGGAGAAAACUGCUGGCAUUGUCCCUAAUUUUGAUGUGGAUGCAUUUAUGAAAGCGACCACGGUGGCUACCAAACGAGCUAGCUUGUUCAUCGACUACGUUAUCAAGAUUUUGGGAUUGGAUAUUUGUGUUGACACUGUAGUUGGAGAUGAAAUGAGGAGAGGCAUCUCCGGUGGACAAAAGAAGCGAGUGACUACAGGGGAGAUGUUAACCGGACCUGCGAAAGUAUUUUUCAUGGAUGAGAUAUCAACUGGGCUAGACAGCUCUACGACUUACCAAAUCGUCAAUUAUCUUAAGCAGAUAGCACAUAUCAUGGACGAGACCCUUGUAAUCUCUCUUUUGCAACCCGCACCCGAGACAUUUGAUCUAUUUGAUGACAUUAUCUUGCUCUCUGAGGGCAAGAUUGUCUACCAAGGUCCGACAGAAAAUGUUCUCGAGUUUUUCGAGUCUAUGGGGUUCAAAUGUCCAGAGAGGAAAGGGACUGCUGAUUUCUUACAGGAAGUUACUUCUGCCAAGGAUCAGUUAUAUUACUGGUUUGAUGGAAAUAAACCAUACAGAUAUGUACCAGUCACGGAGUUUGUAAGUGCCUUCAAAUCGUUUUACAUCGGUAAGGAUCUUUUUGAAGAGCUUAGGCAUCCCUUUGAUAAGGGUGGCACUCACCCUGCUGCUUUGGAGAGAAUGAAGUACGCUAUCUCCAAAUGGGAACUCUUCAGAGCAUGUUUUGCUAGGGAAUGGUUGUGGAUGAAGCGCAACUCUGUAGUUUUUGUGUUCAAGACGGUACAAAUAGCUAUCAUGGCUAUGCUAGCAUCUUCUGUGUUUGUGAGGACAAAAAUGGAAUCUGGUCAGAUGGAAGGUGCGGCCAAAUAUGGGGGAGCUUUGUUUUUCAGUCUGAAUAACGUUUUGUUCAAUGGGUUACCAGAAAUUGCAAUGACUACCAUGAAACUCCCUGUGUUCUUCAAGCAAAGGGAUCUCUUGUUCUACCCUGCAUGGGCAUUUGCACUGCCCAUUUGGUUGCUCAGCAUUCCUGUCUCAUUGAUGGAGUCUGGAAUUUUGUCAAUCAUCACAUAUUAUCCCAUUGGAUUUGCACCAGGCGCUUGCAGGUUCUUGAAGCAGUUUUUGGCCUUAUUCGGAAUCCACCAAAUGUCUCUAUCUCUAUACCAUUUUGCAGGAGUAUUGGGAAGGAUAGAGGUUAUUGCGACUACAAUUGCUACAUUUGCCUUGUUAGUCUUCUUUGUGCUCGGAGGCUACAUUGUUGCACGAUAUGACAUUGCUUCAUGGAUAAGAUGGGGUUACUAUAUUUCCCCUGUGAUGUACGGUCAAAAUGCGAUUGCUAUCAAUGAGUUUCUCCAUGAGAGAUGGAAUAUGCCUAUAGGUAACUCUACAGAACCAAGUAUUGGUAUUGCCUUCCUUAAGCAGAGAGGCAUGUUUACAACAGAGAGAUGGUAUUGGAUUUCUAUUGUGGCACUUUUUGGGUUUUGUCUUCUUUUCAAUCUACUCUUCAUUCUAGCCUUGAAGUACCUUAAACCUCUUGGCGAUAAUAAGGUUGUGCUUGUAGAGAAGAAAACAACAGAUGAAGGACAUAUUCCAUUGGCUCCCGGAUUAAAAGAAAACAUUGACAUGGAGGACAAGAAUUACGUAGGAAACAUUGAUGACAUUAACAAUGAUAUUGAGCAUCGAACUAAGAAGGGGAUGGUUCUACCUUUCCAACCUCUUUCGCUUGCUUUCCACCAUGUGAAUUAUUAUGUGGAUAUGCCUGCUGGAAUGAAGAGUAAAGGAUUUGAAGAGAGUAGAUUACGACUACUACAAGAUGUUAGUGGUGCUUUCAGACCUUGUGUUUUGACAGCAUUAGUUGGAGCUAGUGGGGCUGGGAAGACCACUUUGAUGGACGUGCUAGCAGGACGAAAAACUGGUGGAUACAUUGAAGGAAGCAUAAGUGUAUCAGGCUACCCGAAAAACCAAGACACUUUUGCUCGAGUCGCUGGCUACUGUGAGCAGAAUGACAUUCAUUCGCCUUAUGUUACUGUUUAUGAAUCCCUUAUUUUCUCUGCUUGGUUACGCCUCACGUCUGAUAUAGAUGCAGAAACUAGAAAGAUGUUUGUGGAAGAAGUUAUGGAGUUGAUUGAGCUAAACCCAAUAAGGAAUUCUCUUGUGGGAGACCCAGGAGUGAACGGACUUUCAACUGAACAAAGAAAGAGGUUGACUAUAGCAGUGGAAUUAGUCGCUAAUCCUUCUAUAAUUUUCAUGGACGAGCCCACGUCAGGCCUUGAUGCUAGAGCUGCAGCUAUAGUUAUGCGUACUGUAAGGAAUACAGUGGACACAGGUCGAACAGUUGUCUGCACGAUCCACCAACCUAGCAUUGGUAUCUUUGAAGCUUUUGAUGAGUUAUUGUUAAUGAAAAGAGGAGGGAGAGUGAUAUAUGCUGGUCCUUUAGGCCAUGAGUCUAUCGAGUUAGUUCGAUAUUUUGAGACCAUUCCAGGAGUGACCAAGAUCGCGGAAGGCUAUAAUCCAGCCACCUGGAUGCUGGAAGUCACCUCUACUACAGUCGAGGCAAAACUUCGUGUUGACUUUGCUGAAAUCUAUGCAAGUUCCGAUCUCUACAGGCGGAAUGAGGAGCUCAUCAAAGAACUAAGUACUCCAACUGCAGCUUCUGAGAAUCUCCACUUUCCAACUCGAUUCUCACAGAAUUUCUUCACUCAAUGCAAAGCGUGUCUUUGGAAACAACAUUUGUCAUAUUGGAGGAACUCACAAUAUAAUGCUAUCCGAUUUUAUGUGACAAUAGUCAUUGGAAUCAUGUUUGGUAUUGUUUUUUGGAGCAAGGGAGACAAAAUACAUAAACAACAAGACCUAAUAAAUCUUCUUGGAGCGACUUAUGCUGCUCUCCUUUUCCUCGGUGCAAGCAAUGCAGCUGCAAUACAACCCGUUGUAGCAAUGGAAAGAACAGUGUUUUAUCGCGAAAGAGCAGCCGGAAUGUACUCAGCAUUACCUUACGCAUUUGCUCAAGUUUUCAUAGAGGCCAUCUAUGUCUCUAUGCAAUCCAUGAUCUAUGCCAUUCUUUUGUACUCAAUGAUUGGCUAUCAUUGGAGUUUCCAGAAGUUCGCCUACUUCUACUACUUCCUCUUCAUGUGCUUCACAUACUUCUCUAUAUAUGGAAUGAUGACGGUUUCUGUGUCUCCAAAUCUAGAGAUUGCUUCCAUCGUAAUGUUGUUCUUCACAACUGUAUGGAACUUGUUCAGCGGCAUCUUCAUUCCAAAAAUGGAAAUUCCAGUGUGGUGGAGAUGGUACUAUUGGAUGUGCCCGCUUGCAUGGACAAUCAAGGGUGCUUUCACUUCUCAGUUUGGUGAUCUAAACAAUCUCAUAGAAGUUCCUACAUCGUCAGAACUGGUACCGGUGGAUGUGUUCCUUAAAGAAAUUUUUGGCUAUGACUUUGACAAGUUGGGGGAAGCUGUGUUUGCCCACCUUGUAUUUGUGUUUCUCUUCAUUUUUGUGUUUGCCUACAGUAUCAAAUUCCUCAAUUUCCAGAAACGAUAACAACAUCGAAUCGAUUCGAGAGGAAACAAGAAGCAAAAAUUAGGAGAUAGACACCUCUAUGCAUGUAUAGAAAGAACGCUCAUUUUGCCAGAAAAAUCAAACCCUAUUAAGUUUUAGCAGCAGCUUGUUGUAUAGGUGAGGUGAAAGUGUAAAACCAUUUGUGUUUCCAUUUGAAAUAUAUGAUCAUAAUAUAUACUUAUUGUCUGAGAAGGAAAUAAGAGAAACUCUUAUAUAUGGUAACUAUGCUUGCGCUUAAUUAAUCUGAUGAUCCUGACAAGUUCUAAGCAAUCUUGCAUUGUUCUCCUUGGGAAUGCGUUAGAGUGGUUAUUAAAUUUUGAGUAACCACAGUGGCUACUAACAUCUACACCCUUAAUUAUAUCUAUUUCAUCCUAUUUUUAAGUUGACGGUGGAGAUUAUAUGAAGGAUAAUUUUGGAAACGAAAAUAAUACAACACCUGAUUACUAUUCUUUAAAAAAUUAUUUUUAUAUAUUGUACCGCAAACCCUAAUGCAAUCUCCUCCUCCUUCUCCUCCCCUUCUACCUGCCGACGGCCCUUCUUUCUCCGGACAAGAAAUUGCAGCCGCCUCCUCCCUCUUCUCCCCUCCCACCCGACAACAACUCUUCUUCUCCCCAGCCUCCCGCCUUCUCCCCUCCCCCGCCGUCCCCACACCACCCCUCCCACGCCGUCCUCAAAGAAACCGUAACUCUCAAUUUCCCCUCUUAACAAAAAGAAAUCGAUUCUCUAUCUAUUAGCUGGAAUUAUUUGAACACGUCUCUACCAACAACACCAGGUUAUUUUCUUUUCUUUUUGUGAUUUUGUUUGUGUUAGUGACUAGUGAGGAAUGAUGUGUUCUUGUAAAGUUGCUGCUAAUAGGAAUAAUCUUCCUUGAUUCUUCGUUAAAUGAUUUGUUCUUGUGAUUUUUUUUUUUACGUUUUCAAUUUUGAUAUUGAGGAACUAUUUUUGGUUGGGUAUAUUUUCCAUGUAUUAUUGCUUUCUUUGAUACGAGUGAUCAUUUUGUUGCACUAUAAUUAGCUCUUAUAAUUUUAAUUAGUAUUUGUUAUUGGUUUGUAAAUUGUAAUCGUAUUCCUCCACUGUCUGCAAUUUUUUUAUUUGCAUAAUGGUAUUGCUUUACUAAGCAAUGGUAUUGGUAAUGACAUUCGUUAAGGAAAAUCGCCUUUUCUUUUGGUAGUACACUACUAUUUGGUAUUGUUUGUCCUUUGUGUAAUGGUAGUCCUGCAAUGGUAUUGAUUCGAUGUGCAGUGGUAUUGGUUAUAUAACAACAUGAUAUUCAUUCAUCUUCGUUUGGUAGUGACAUUUUAGAUUGGUAUUGGUUCAUUACACGUGUAUUAGUAUUAACAAUGCUAGUCUGGUAGUUCUUCAAAGUCUAAUGGUAUUGGUUCAAACCUCAAUGUUCAUAAUUCUCUUCAUAUAUGCAAUGGUAUAUAUUGUUUAUAUUGGUAGUUUUCGUGUAAUGGUAUAGAUUUAUUUCUGCAAUGGUAUUGAUGUUAGUGGUUGUCUAAUGGAUUGGUAGUGAUUUCGUGUUUUUUUGUAUGGAUUUUUUUGUUUUGUUUUGGUAUUGAUUUUGUCGCAUUAGUAUUAUUUUUGUCGCAAUGGUAUUGUUUUUAUCGCAUUGGUAUUAUUUUUGUCGCAAUGGUAUUGUUUUUAUCGCAUUGUUAUUGAUUUUCUCGCAAUGGUAUUAUUUUUGUCGCAUUGGUAUUGGUGUUUUUGUGAAAUGGUAGUGUUUUUAUUUCUCGAAUGAUAUUGGUAUUUUGUGCAACGGUAGUGUUUUGUAAUGGAUUGAUAUUAUUUUAUUGUUGCAGCGGUAUUAGUUCGACAGAACGAAAUCAAUGGAAAGAUUGAGAAAAGGAAGGAAGAAGCAUAUGGCUGAACAUUGUGAAAAUGAGAGAAAAAGAGAGAAAUGGUAGUUAAUAUAAUUUUGUAAUUUCC